AGUGUCUAUUGUAUUGUUGGCGUGACUAAGUGAAAAUAUGGUGACACUUUCGGGUUUAUUUACCGCUGCGCGAAUUAUUGUUACCUAUGGUCCAGGAUUUGCACUCAUCUUUUUGCUCAAUCGAGCUAUUGAGAUUGAGCGAAAUGAUAUCGUCGAUCACUACCAUCGAGUGAAAGAUCGUUCGGCUGAAGGGAUUUACGAUGAAUACGAUUUUGUCGUGGUAGGAGGAGGAUCAGCUGGAGCUGCUUUAGCAGCGAGAUUGAGUGAAGUGCCCAAGUGGAGUGUUCUUUUACUCGAAGCAGGUCCGGAUGAGACAUUAAUUUCCGAUGUUCCCCAACUCUUUCCCACUCUGCAGCAAAGUGAGCUGGAUUGGAAGUACGUGACAGAGCCAACAAACCAUUUUUGCCUUAUGAAUGAAAAUGGGCAGUGUUUGUGGCCACGCGGAAAAGUUCUUGGUGGUUCGAGUGUUCUCAAUGCAAUGCUCUAUGUACGGGGAAAUCGAAAGGAUUAUGAUUUAUGGGAACAUCUGGGCAAUCCCGGAUGGGGAUAUGAAAGUGUCUUGCACUAUUUUAAGAAGUCUGAAGGUGUGCAUGAGCAUCACUUUGCCCAGAGUUACUUUCACGGAGUUCAUGGACCGCUCAGUGUGGAGUAUUUUCGAUUUGUUUCACCCUUAAUGGAGCUUUUCUUGACUGCUGCUGCAGAGUUGGGACUUCUCAAUCCUCAUGGUGAUUACAAUGGUGCCACUCAGCAUGGUUUUGCCAGAUCUCAGGGUACCCUCAGAAACGGAUUAAGAUGCAGCACCGCUAAAGCUUAUCUCAGACCUGCUUCCCAUCGUCCAAAUCUUCACAUUUCUCUUCAUUCUCAUGUCCAGAAAAUCCUCAUCGAUGAGCACUACAAGGUUGCCUAUGGGGUAGCUUUUGCAAAACAAGGUUUCCAUUCAAGAAUUGUCUAUGCAAGAAAAGAAGUAAUUUUAUGUGCUGGAGCUAUACAAAGUCCCCAACUUUUGAUGCUUUCGGGAAUUGGACCAGCUCAUCAAUUAAUUAAACAUGGAAUUGAAGUGUUGUACGAUUCUCCGGGAGUUGGAGAAAAUCUGCAGGAUCACGUGGCAAUGGGUGGUGGAACAUAUUUGAUCCAUAAUCCCAUCUCCGAGGAUAGUCUUAGCUUUGUUAUGCCAAAAUUGAUAACUGUAGAUGCGAUAAAAGAAUUCAUUUACAAACAUCAUGGACCAUUGUAUGCUAUGCCAGCUUGCGAAGUGAUGGCUUUCAUUAACUCUAAAUAUCAAGAUCCUCAUGAAGAUUGGCCGGAUAUUCAAUUGUUCAUGGCAGCAUAUUCGGAUAAUUCUGACGGUGGGAUUUACAGCAAAAGAGGAAGUGGGAUGUCACAUGAUUACUAUGCUAGAGUUUAUGAAAAUAUCAUUUACAAAGAUUCCUUUAUGAUCAUACCACUUCUUAUGAGGCCAAAAAGUCGAGGAAGGAUCAUACUGAAAAGUAAAAAUCCUUACGAUCAUCCCCUGAUUUACCCCAAUUACUUUGAUCAUCCUCACGAUCUUAAUGUUCUAAUUGAAGGUGCGAAAUUUGGGUACUAUCAUUUUUCACGAACGAAAAUGAUGAAAGUUCUUAAUGCUACGUUGAAUCCUUUCAUCAUACCUGGUUGUUCUCAUUAUCCUUACCUUAGUGAUGACUACUGGAAGUGCAUGGCUCGCCAUUAUACCCAAACUAUUUAUCAUCCAGUUGGAACGUGCAAAAUGGGCCCAAAAUAUGAUAAAUGGGCAGUUGUGGAUCCCAGACUUCGAGUUUACGGAGUUAAAGGACUUCGGGUAGUUGAUGCCAGCAUAAUGCCAACAAUUCCCACUGGAAAUACCAAUGCUCCAACGAUAAUGGUGGCAGAGAAAGCAUCUGAUAUGAUAAAAGAGGAUCAUUUGGGGCCAUAUUAGUUUAUAACAUUGCCUUGAAUAAAAAGACUUUUUUUUACAAA